AAGAGGAAGUGAGCGUACAGAGAAUUGAGCGCUGGAGCGCUCGGACAUGUCCGAGCUAGGGGCACAGCAGGAGGACGCCCUGCGGCCAGGGGUGAACGUGGACAUCCGCCGCACCGACGGCCGCGUCCAUCCUGCUGUCGUGAGCGCGGUGCGCUCUCGCCUCGUCACCGUCGAGUGGUUCGAAAAUGGCCAGACCAAAGGCAAAGACGUGGACCGCCAGACGCUGGUGGCCCUCAAUCCGGGGCUGGCCAGGGCCUCUACACAGCUGACGUCUCCCCGCAAAGAUUCGGCCGCUUCGAUCGGCGGAGUGCCCGUGCUGCACCGCAAGACCACAGCGGCUUCCUUGCCUUGCGCCCCGGUGCACAAGGAGGACAACAACGACCUAUGCAACGAGCUGACCCGCGAGCUAGAGCGCGCCGCACAGCUGAGCCUUGCACUCAGCAAGAAACAAGCAGCUGAAGCUGGGGCGCAGCAGCAACAGAACCAACAUCGGCAGCCGCAGGUAGUGGAGCAGGAGGAAGCCGAGGCCGUGGCCGAUCUGCUGCGGCGAUACCGCGCCGUGGUGGACGUCAGCGACCUGUGGAUGACCACGGACGUUCGGUUGCUCACGCGCAUGCUCAGCACGCGCGCUCUCGAGGACGACACGUGGUUGCGUGAGCUCGAGGAUUUGGUGAGCGUCAAGAUGGAGCUGCUGUCCAACUUGCGAGACGCUGUUAACAAGCUGCGCAAGAUCAAGGACAGCACGCGCACCUUUGUCCGCGAAGCCGACGGCAAUGGGAGACGUUGACCAUGCGGCCAAGCGCGUACGCUCAAAAUUUAACCUUUUUCAUGUAAGGAAUCACUUCGACAUAUAUGUGCAUAUAGUUAGCUUCUUAUAGGAAGGAUGUGCAGAAUGACUGUGUUGAAAGUUCAGCUUCAGUUUAGUAAAGGCGCAUGAAACGAACAACAAAGUACAGAAUAAAAUCAUGACACACGCACUGACUAAUAACUAAGCGUUCACUAGUAAACGCAAAAAGCUGUAGAAGCAAUACAGUAAGCUGUGACCAGGCGCGGUAAGGGAGAGUGCUGAAGCCUUCCAUAUUCAGGGUGCCCUUGUGCGUUCGCCAUGCCUUUGUGGUAUUACAUGACUUUCUUUUUUCUUUAUCUCGUAGUUAGUUCCACGGACCUUUUCCUGAAUGAACCACAGCGAAUGAACCGCACUUGAGGUGUGGGUCGCAUAUGCAUUUUCUAAUGAAAAU